UUUAGUGUAUUACAGUUAUAUUAGUCGUUUCCAGUGCGUUUUGAAAACAAGACUUGAGAUCGCUAUGCAGUACAUAAAACACACUAUAACACUUUGGCUGUUAUUCGCCUGCUGCACUGCUUUAGCGGCUACUACACGCUCCGAAAUACAACCCUUCAUCAUAGGCGGACAUGAGGUGGACAUCAUCAAGCAUCCCUAUCUUGUUUCCAUACGUUACCGCCUAACGGCCGAUGGUCCGUAUUGGCACAAAUGCGCGGGUGUUAUAAUCUCCGAGAAGGCGGUGCUCACCGCCGCACAGUGCGUACGCGAAAUAGAAACGGAACGGGUUACGAUCGUUGCGGCGGCCAAUCAACGUACCGGUGGCGAUGGCCAACAAUAUCCGGCCACCAAGUGGAUCGAACAUCCGAAAUUCUCAACGCGUACUGGUGAUUACGACAUUGGUUUGAUAUUUGUGGAUUUGCCUUUCCAAUUUGAUGCAACGCAUUCGAUUUUGCGUACAAUCAAUAUACGUGAAAAACUGCCAGCUGUGAACCAAUUGGCAACUGUAGCCGGUUGGGGUUAUCGUGAAGAAUUUGGACCAUCAUCCUACAAUUUAGAGGAGACUAAAGUGCCAAUAGUUAGUCGCUCACAGUGUAUCUCCAUUUAUGGCUCGGGUGAGGUCACAUCACGCAUGAUUUGCGCGGGUUAUGUACGCGGUGGCGGUCAAGAUUCUUGCCAGGGUGACACAGGCGGUCCUUUGGUGUAUGCGGGAGAAUUAGUGGGCCUAGUUUCGUGGGGCUUUGGUUGUGCGCGUCCAGGUUAUCCCAGUGUUUACACCGAUGUGGCCAGUUUGAAGUCAUGGAUUGUGGAGGAGUUGGAGAAGGCGCAAGCGUAAGGGAAGAUGAAUAUAAAAAGAGCAAACGAAGCAUAGCAACUCAGCAUAUAAGUUUUAUACAAAUAAAAUUCUAUUCUAGGUUUUGUACGGAAAAUUUGUAUUAUAAAAUAAAAAAUGUAAUAUCUUA